CAGUGAAGAACAUACAAAGAAAACAGCUGACUUUUUCCGUGCUCACAGAGUGGAUGAAUCUGUCCGUGGAAGGGACGUGCAUUGCUUAUCACCAGAUCAAUUAAAAGCGUUUAAGUUACUGACAGUACAUGCAGUAAGGAGGUUUGAAGAUAGGAAAAAGCACCAAAACAAAACGAUUGCAAAUAAACUCAGAGAGCAAGACAAAAGGAGACGAAACAUUAGCCAAUCAGAAGACUGGAAGACUGCCCUACAGCAGCAGCAGUUUUUAGAAGCAGAGAAACUGAAUGAUGUCUCUGGUUACCAAGACGAUUGUUUCAACCAUUCGGAAGGUGUGUCCACCCUCUCCACCUGUGGAGAUAGUAUGGCCUUCAUCAGUCCACAGCAUUUCAUAGAGGAGGAGGAGGAGGAGGAGAAGGAUGGUAAUGUCAAAACAGGACUCCAGCCCUGGUUACUAAACAACACGGAGGGUAAGGACCAGGAAAUAGGGCCCACCCUGGAGGACUACCAGAGGCAUGUAGCAUGUGAACAAAAGAAGAAACUGCUAGCUGGGUGCUCCUCAUUUGACGGGAGUUCUGCUAGAUCUGAUAGCUGGUUGCCAUCAGAUGGACAAGCUCUGCACUCUGGUCGUCACCUGAACUCAAAAAAAAAAUUUGAAAAGGAAACGAAACGCUUGACAUUUCUUGGUAAAAGAGCGAAGAGUGAGUUCUUGCACGAGGCAAAUUCUGGAAAACCGACAGCUUCUCAAGGAGCAGAGGCUUCACAGCUCCAUACAAAACUAGUGGUACCUUACCAGAGCAAACGACAACGGUCACAUAACACACUAACCUGUGGAGUGAGCAACACGUCACAGACAUCAUCAAAUAUCACAACUAAUUAUGGCCAUGUUGGGUGCUUGGCAUUAAGUGCUCAAAGAAGUAGCAAGCCAAUCCAAAAUUCUCACAAAAAUAAUAAUGGGAAAACUAAUAGAAACAAUGACAAUCACAGAUAUAAAGGGUUCAUCCCUCCAACAAAUCUUCACCUGUAUCCAUCCAAACAGGACAAUAGUGACGUGAAUAGGGGAUUCUCUCCGCAAGGUCACGGUAUCUGUGACAGAUCGCUUAAUCAAAUGAUAGAAAGUCCUUGUCAAAAUUAUAAAAGAGGAGAUAGUCCUCGUCAAAAUUAUAAAAGUGAACAAACAUCAGAUGUUUUCAAUCAAUGUGAACAAGACAUCACAAGACAAUUAUUUAGUCCAGCUUACAAAAGGAAGAAGGGAGAUAACUCUGUACUGCCUGUCCCAGUGACAAUAAGGAAGUUUGACAAUGCUUUGACAAGUGCAGAGUCUCCAACUUUGAGAACUAGCUUGAUAUCAACACCACUAUUAGAUAAAAAGCAAUGA